UACCCCCAAGGCAUUCUAAAUCAUUGGUAUUAUGGCAUCGCCCUUGUUCAUCCUCCUGCUACUUCAGUCUUUUCUUGUUUCUACUUCUGCUUCUUCCACCACUCCUUUCCUUAAUCAAACAGAAACUCUUCUCAAAUGGAAAGCCAGUCUUGACAACCAAAGCCAAAGCUUCCUCUCUUCCUGGGUUGGGGAAACUCCUUGCAGUUGGGUUGGAAUUGCUUGUGACAAAGUUGGAAGCAUCACCAACAUAAGCCUUUCAAAUUUUGGUCUCAAAGGUACACUCGGCAACCUUAACUUCUUGGCCUUCCCCAAACUAAUUCGCUUUGAUGUUGGUAAUAAUUCACUUUAUGGGGCCAUUCCUUCUGACAUCGUUAACUUGUCCAAACUCACUUUUUUCAAUUUGUCUACUAAUGAUAAUUUUUCUGGAAAUAUUCCCAAGGAUAUAGGAAGGUUGAGUUUGCUCACCGUACUCGACCUUGCUUGGAACCAACUUAGUGGUUCACUUCCUGUUUCCGUCGGAAAUUUAAGUAAUUUGUCUUACCUUGCAAUCACUGGCAACAACCUCGACGGUUCCUUGCCUCAAGAAGUUGGAAUGAUGAGAUCACUUCUUGUGCUUCAUUUAGCGUUGAAUUCCUUUACUGGUCCAAUCCCUGCGUCAAUAGGAAAUUUAAGCAAUUGUCAACAGCUUUAUCUUUUUGAAAAUGAGCUAUCUGGUUCUAUUCCAACAGACAUAGGAAGGAUGAGUUCACUUAAAGAACUUCACCUUCAAGGCAAUAGGCUCAAUGGUUCUAUACCUCAAGAAGUUGGGAUGAUAAGAUAUCUUAUUUUGCUUGAUUUUUCCAAUAACACCCUAACUGGUAUGAUCCCGAGAGCAAUCGGAAAUUUUAGCCAUUUAAGACAUCUUUACCUUUAUGCAAAUGAGCUCUCUGGUUCUAUUCCUCGUGAAAUAGGAAUGAUUCAGUCACUUUUCGACCUGCAGUUGUUAGGAAAUAAUCUCACAGGUGUUAUACCGACUUCCAUAGGAAACCUAACCAGUUUACGCUCCCUUCUUCUCUUUGAUAACGAGUUAAUUGGCUCAAUACCAUCAGAAAUAGGAUUUCUCAACUCUCUCACUAAUCUUGCUUUGUAUAAUAACAGUUUCUCUGGUUCAAUCCCAGCUUCUUUAGGAAAUCUAGCCAGUUUAAAUACUCUUUCUCUCUCUGAUAACAAGCUUUCUGGUCCAAUCCCAGCUUCCAUAGGAAAAUUGACAAGACUUACUAUUUUACAGCUUAGAGGAAACUCUUUGUCUGGUCCUAUUCCAGUAGAAAUGAAUAACCUCACUAUUUUGGAAUCUUUACAAUUAAGUUAUAAUCAACUCAGUGGCCAUGUACCUGACAAUAUAUGCCUUGGGGGCUCACUCAAAUAUUUGGCUGUCAACGGAAACCAUUUAACUGGUCCCAUCCCAAGAAGUUUGAGAAAUUGCGCUAGCUUAUACAGGGCAAGGCUUGAGAAGAAUCAACUUGAAGAAAAUAUAUCAGAAGCUUUUGGCAUAUAUCCCAACUUGGAUUUUAUUGAUUUGAGUGAUAAUAAGUUGUACGGUGAACUUUCUCCAAAUUGGGGUCUAUGUCAAAACCUCACGAGCUUGAGGAUCUCCAACAAUAAGGUAUCUGGUAGGAUACCUCCUGAGCUAGCUCAAGCCACUCAAUUGACUGGGCUUGACCUCUCUUUAAAUCAACUGAGUGGGGAGAUUCCGAAGGAAAUAAGCAAGCUGACAGCCAUGGUUUAUCUCUUGCUAAAUGACAACCAACUCUUUGGCAGAAUCCCACCAGAGAUAGGAAACCUACUUAAUCUGCAACAUCUUAGCUUGGCAAAGAACAAUCUGGUUGGACCAAUUCCAACACAACUUGGGAAUUGCUUCAGGAGACAUUCCACGAGAGCUUGGAGGAUCACGUGUGUUGGAAAUGCUGAAUCUUUCUCAUAAUAUGCUC